CAAAUUAAUAAAAAAAAAAAAAGCUCAAGUCCGACAACGUCAUCCGUGUUUCCAGAGUCAAUAUACAAUAAUUACAAAAUUAAUUGUAAUAAUUGCAUUAAAUAAAACAAAGUGCCAUCAGUAUAUACAUCGUCAAACCGGAGUGAAAUUAAUUACUCUUUAAAUUAAUAACAAACGAAAAAUAAAACGAGUGGAUAUUGGAUUUAAAAAAAAAAUAAAUAAAUAAAAAAUAAAAGAAAAACACAAAACGCUGUUGUUAUAACAUCGCGAUUGUUUUGGAGGAUUAAUUAUUAUUCAAGAAAGAUAAUCGCGAUGUCACGAUACGACGAUGGUAGAAGACGUGGAAAUACAACAAGUACCAGUAGCAGUUCAAGUAAAAUGCGUAUGGAUACAGGUGUACAAUCACGUGGAUAUGGUGAACGUGAUAAUUCGACAAGUAAACGUAAAGAGUUGGAUAAUGUUAUGAGAAAAGCACGUGAAUCACAAUCAAGUUAUUGGAAUAAAAAAUUACUUGAAGCUGAAGAACGUGAUCCAAAUCGUUGGCGUCAUUCUGGUUAUAAAGAAUUAUAUGUUGGUGGAAGUGGUGGUGGACAAGGACAAGGACAAAGUAGUAGUAAUGAUACUGGACGUAAUCAUAAUCCAAGAAGUCCACGUAGUCCAAGACCAAGAUCACCACAUUCACCAAAAACACGUAGUCCAAGAGGUGAACAAAUACGUGAACGUACAAAUAUUAAAACACGUCCAGCACGUAGUCCAAGUAGUGGUAGUACAUGUUCUGAUAAAUCAUGUUCAGUAUGUUCACCACGUGAUAAUAAUAGAUAUCGUCGUACAACUGGAAAUUCAAGAUCACGUUCAAGAUCAAUUUUAACACCAGUUAGACAACGUCAUACAAAAGAAACAAUUGUAUCAACAACAAAUUCAUCAUCACGUCAAACAGCACAACAUCGUACAAGACCAAGAUCACCACCAUUACCACCAAUGCCAAGACCACGUUCACCACCUUUACGUGAAGCAGCAUCAUCAUCAUCAUCACAACAACAACAGCAUCAUCAACAUCAUCAUCAACAACAACAACAACAGCAACAUUUAUCAAGACAACAACAUAAAGAAUACAGAGCAAUUAAAGAAAAAGAAGCUAAAUUAAGACGUAAAGAAAGAUCAGAAAGACAACAUUCAAGGGUACCUGAGGAUCCAAGAGUGCCUGAUCCAAUACCAUUGAUGAGAAGACCAGUUAAAAUUGAAAAAACAAGUAGUGGACAUGGUAAAGUAGCAGCUGUAUCACAUCCAGUUGUUGAAUCAUCAGUUAGUGAAGAUAGUGAUAGUUCAUCAAAUGCAUCACAAGUUGGUCCACCAAAAAUGACUCUAUCAGAAAGAUUUGGUAAAAUGGCACAAUGGAGUGUUGAUAGACGUGAUAUGGAAAAUAUGAGAAUAACAAAAGAUGGUGAAAAUGCAAUGAAAGUUGUUAUUGAAGGUGAAGAAAGAAUUGCUAGAUUAGGAUAUGAUUCACCACCACCAGGACAUUAUCCAGAAUCAUUAGCAGCACAAGGACCACGUGGUCUUGAUUGUUGGGAUGAUGUACGUGUUAGAUAUGAUUAUUAUAAAGCACGUGGUUAUUUACGUGAUUUAACACUUGAUGAUUAUGUUAAAUGGGAAGAAUGGUGGUAUAAAUAUCAAGAAUGGCUUGAAGCUGAACGUUAUUAUGAACAAUGGGCAACAUCUGGUGGACGUCUUGGUGGAGGUGGUGGUAGAAAACGUCGUGGUAGACGUAACAAUCCUAAUCAUUAAUCAUUUCAUUAUUGUUUUUAUUCUAUUUUUUCCUUAUUUUUUUUUUCAUAUUAUUUCAUCAAGUUUAUAAUAACAAUUACAUUGAUUAAAUCAUCAUUUUAAUUAUUAAUAAUCAAUUGAUUAUUAUCAUUAUUUAUCUUUAAAUAUAUUUCUUUCCAUAACUAAUCAUGCUUAGUUGUUAAAUGAACAAAAUUAUAAAGUUUAUUGUAAACGGUAUUGUAUAUUAAUUAAUUAAUU